AUGUUAGAAUUAACAGUCAAAACUUUGGAUUCUCAGAAUCAUUCAUUUACAGUUCCGGAUGAGACCACUAUUCUUCAGCUCAAAGAGAGCAUUUUGGAAAAAAUGGGUGUUCCUGUUGAAAUCCAAAGACUAAUAUUUCAUGGAAAAGUUCUGCAAGAUGAGAAAAAGUUAUCAGAUUAUGGUGAUGUCAAUGGUAAAGUUAUUCACCUUGUUCAAAGACCUCCUCCUCCUCCUAGCAGAGGCAAUGCCAAUAAUAGUUCUGAGGGUAAUCAGAGGACAAACAACAGAAGAGCUCACUAUAGUAACAGAGACAGAAUUGAUGGUAGUAGUUCUACUUAUCUUGGAACAAUGGCUUUCCCUACUGAUUUUAUAGAACCACAAGGAAUGAUACAAUUGCCUCCCAGUCAGCGUUUAUCGCGAAGAAGACUUCUUGUUGCACAGAGGAUGCUCAAUCAAGCAGGGGCUUGCAUAACAGCUUUAGAAAAUAAUGAAAGUCAACCUUCGAACGUUACAGAAUCCCAAGAAACAUCAACUUCUGUUAAUUUUAUAUCAUCUAAUACUUCAAACAAUGUGGUGACGUCCACAUUUUGGGCAAUAAUGCUAUUAUUGCUUGCAGGGAGGGAAGAAGCAGAUAUGUUUCUUGGAGAAACAACGGGUAGUAUUGCGCGAGCAGCACAAGCUGCUACCGCAGCAGCUAUCGCGGCUGCGGUUUCUGCAGCGCACUCUGUUGUACCACACAUCACCGUUAGAGGUGCAUCAGGUCAGAAUGACUCUCCUAAUUCCAACCUGGAUAACACAAACUCGAAUAUGAGCGAUUUAAAUCUUAACCUCAACAUUAAUGAAAAUCAUCCGGAAGAUGUUGCAGUCGAGGUUGAAAUAGGAGCGAAUAGCGACGUCAGUGUUGAUGAGUGUCACGAUGGUGAUUCAAUUGCUAAUAAUUUAGAUAAUAAUCCCUCAGGAAAUAAUACGGCUCCUCCUCGUCUUAGUGUUGAGCGAACAUCAUCUUUUGCCACAUUGAUAGAACAAUUGGAAGAACAACAACGUCGAUUUCAAGGCGUUUUAAGGCGAUGCCAUCAGUUGAUGAGUUCACCUACUGCCGAAGAAUGUCAAAGAUUAUUUAAUGGAGUUUCGGAAACAAUGCAUCAUUUUGCUCACGCUUAUCACGCUUUGAGCGACAUCAUGGUUGAUUUUAAUGAAGAUACUCCAAGGACUUUAAGAUGCCGUCCUGUGAUAAUUCAACAUUCGGCCAUUUUAGAAACUGUAUUUCCAAUACAAGUACUCGAAGCCCAAAUUAAUUUAAGCACUCGUCGUAAUACGGUAGACGGUAAUUCAAAUUUGACUAAUUCAGGCACAAAUCAACAACCUUCUGCCAAUGUUAAUACAACAACAAACAAUGCAAAUACAAAUGGUAAUUCAAACGUAAAUGCAAACGUAAACGGAAACACAAUCGGAAACGCAAGUGUGAACGCAAACGUUAACAUGAACCCAAACACAAAUGGUGCUAAUUUGCCAGCUCAUAAUGAAAAUUCAAAUUCUGAAAAUUUACCAAACUCGCAACCUCCUGAAACUUUUCAGGAAAAUGGAAUGGAAAAUAUGACUCCUCAAGAAUCCGCUUCGUCCUUCACGUCGACAACCACUCAGCAAUCCGAAGAAAGAUCUCAAUCCUCGCAAAUCGGUGGCAUCAACAACACAUCUGGAUUUUUUCUUUCAGGACCAGGUAAUUUAGAAGUUUUUAUGGAUUUUAGACCCGAGAGUGUAACCUUAGGAUCUGUAGAAACUACCGUAUUUUUGGACAAUGAAGGCCGGGAAAGAAAUAACUCGGGAAGUGGCAUACAGCUUAGAAAUAUAGGAACUGGUCGUUCGCCUAUGGAAUUAUUACAUUCGGUACAGGCUGUCGCUGGUCAAAUUCAAAAUCAGUUAAUGAAUCGUAUUAAUCAAAAUUCACCCCAAACUGAUAAUCCACCUCCGUAUGAAGGGGUCGUGCAGCAAAGUUCAAGUGCUAGUGGUAUGUCAAACCAAUCUGCUCCUUCACGUGCUCAAAGUAGUGCUUCUACUGAGUCGAAUACAACAACACAAAACGCUUCCAACUCUCGACCACAUGUUCACGUUGGACGUGCUAUUCCGGAUGUUGCUUUGAAUUCUUACGAUCCUUUUCUGCCUUGCAAUUCGCAUCAUAUAAGAUCACAAAACAGGAAUUCAAACAGGAAUGCCAAUUCUCAAACUACAAAUAGGAACGCUGCUGAAAAUGAACGUCCUACGGUUAUCGCAGAACGAGAUUCAUUUAUGGCAAUGAUGUCACAAUUCCUUAACCCGCAAAGAGUAAAUGUAUCUAGAGUACAACCUAGGCAAAGUAACGGUACGUCAAAUGGUAGUUCCCCCGCGCCAAAUGCAAAUGGAACGAGUCCUCGAAACGUACCUCGUAGACAAAAUACUCAAACGGGACAGCCGGAAUCGACCAAUGAAGAACCUCCUCGUAGUUUCACUUGGACUCCGUUGCCAAACAAUAUCACCGGUUGGUCGCUCUCUGCUUCACCUGCAUCACCUGGAACAAGAAGAAAUAUAACUGAUUAUUUUAGAGUGUCCAGCGGUAGAGAUGUAUUUUCUAUAUUUAAUCAGUUUGCACCGGGAACCACGAUAGCCGAGUUUUUAUCCACAGUCUAUCACACUUCUUACAAUGAAGGAGAAUCUAUUGUUAGUGAUUUUCUAAUGACAUUGGCUCGAAAUUUAUCAUGGCCUGAUCUUCUUGAUUUGUCGGUGGCGCAAAGAAGUAUGGUCGAAUCAAUUGUUACUCGGUUGCAUCCGACUUUGCAUACUUUUGUUUUGCAACGUCUAUUGCAGGGUGAAACUCCAUCAGCUGAAAAUAUUGCCAGAGCUUGUGAACGUUUAUACACAGAACUCAGACCGUAUAUUGAUGUCAUGCAAGUAGCAAGACUAAAAGAAUCGGUGGAUUUAGCUGCUACGAUAAACAAUUUUAAUCAAUCUCAAAUACCCGAAAUUGUUGGACUCAUUGUCGAUCCAUAUCUUAGUCAAUCUCCUAAUUUCGGUCAAACCAUGACGCAAAGGGUAAGGAACUACGUGAGACAACUUUUGGCCAUUAUUAUUUACUGCUGUCAAGAUGGAGUUCAAGGAUUUGACGCCAUUGUUCAAAGUUGCGUGCGACUACUCACCCAAGGCGUUCCAGAAGAUUUACAACAAUGGACUGAAACCAAUUCGGUGAAUAAUCUUCGUUAUUACACAUCAACUCUUAAUGUACCUUUUGAAGACAUUCAACGUUAUUUGGUUUAUCGCAUUCCAAAUUCAACAAUAGAAAAACGGGAAUCAUCUGAAAAUAAUUCUGAACCGAUGGAAACUGACACCAUACAGAAUCGAACGGUUUGGAUUCAACCGGAGAACGUGCCGUCACCGGAGAAAGUAGACGAACCGAUUGCAGAAUCUCUGGUCGAUAUAGAUGGAGAUGGUUUGCCGGAUGUAUUAAUAGGUUCAGAAUCGUGGCAUAAUGCCUUACCCUCGGAAUGGGUUCCUAUAAUAGCUAGAGACACUCAAAGACAGCGUCGCCAAAGCUCACAGAAACCUUUCAGCGAUGCGUAUUUAUCUAGUUUACCUCCUAAACGUCGUAAAUUGAUAGCAUCAUCCAAGACUCAGGGAAACAUUUCUCAAGUUAUAUCCGAUGGCGUACGCAAUGCUAUAACUGCAGCCGGAGUGAGUUCAAACGUUGCCGAAAAAGCAAUCGCAGAAGCAGGGAAAGAUGACGUUCUUCAAGAAGCUUACAAGGAACAAGAACGAGUCGUCGUCGAAGUAGAAUGA